GCAGCGUGCUAUGACUUCUAACCUGAUGUUGACUGAUGGCUUUGUUGAACUACCAGAGCUUGGACCAGAUGGGUUGGGAAUUCUCGUCUACACCACAUUCCUGUUGAUUUCUGGAACUCUAUGACAUGUUUCCCGGUCACCCUUAGAUGAUUGUUUACAUGCCUCGUUUUCGAUACAUUUGUCCAAUGCUCUCAAUGCUUCAUCUCCCAAGCGCAUCUUUGUUGAGGUGCAAUGAUGCAACGGUUCCGACCAUGGCUCUCGCAGACUCGCCCGAUGGUAUGUUUCGACCGGCCGACAAGGCAUUCAACCCGCUUUAUGGUGCAGUGAUCGAUGAAAGCAACACAUUCGAUGAGUUCUUCAACGAAGACAUGUUUCGUACUGAUAGCAGCGACGUUGAAAACAAGGACCAAACCAACCAGUACGAGGACUUUCUCGGCAAGCACACUUACAGCGAAGACCACUACAUACCUUCAACGGCGACAGCACCCUCAAACGAUCAUGACUUACCAGCUCAGCCCUGGCGGCAGGGAAUAUGGUGCUUGAAGCAAGAACAACAAAAUCCAGAUUUAAUGGUGGCAAAGACACGCAGGUUAGAGACAAAGCGACCAGCACCCAUUCAGACAAUGGAUGCUGUCAGUCACUACCGCCAGCCAGUGGCCAGCGCAGCCCUGACCUCGCCGAGUCGAACAAAGCGGUUUGCCACCUCACCGAACGUCGCCUCAUAUGACCCAACGCAACAUGUGUAUCCUCCCUUCUCACGCGAAGCCACCCUAUCACCCAGUCCAAUGUAUGCACAAUUACCUAUCUCGCCCAGACGCGGGCAUGGCGACACAAGCACAUGGCAGCAGGACUUCCAGAAUUUCCAUCUCCGCCUACCGUAUGACCCGCCAUUGCACUCACCCUCUGCUCUGAGACUGCAUAACCAGGAAGGGACGUCGGCCGUCGAAAUGAACUCGGCGAUAGUAGCUGAAAAUCAAGGCAUUGCUGUGCCGCAGCACAGAGCCGAAAAUGCGCAUCACGAACACAAAGUCUACUCGCCUGUGAUCGAUCCUUUUCUGUUCGAAGAUCGAGGCCCUGAUCACCACGAGAAUCUGAUUACCUACAAUAAGGCAUCUCAGGAUCAUCGUGUCGGGACCCAUGGAUUAUUGUCAAGACCUUCGCCUGGCACUGGCAGUGUACCGUCAUCGGGAAGCUCACAUCAUUCCCAGGACGCAACAUCGCAAACGUCCAACACCAGCAGCAGUCUGCAAUCACAACUAUUGUUUUCUCCAGUCACAUUGGCUGCACAUCCUCCACUCCCAGCAUUGGAACCCGAAGAGACAUAUCCUGCCUUGGCGGCUCCUACUCCUCAGCGCAUCCCUCAUCCGAUUCUGCAGCAUCCCCCAAGUUCGGCAUUGACGGGGCUCGGCAUCCAAUAUUCGGAACUGGAGCAAAUCGGCCACGCCAUCUUCGGUGAACCACAAUCAUAUGUCCAACAGAUGCCGGUCACUGUUGGGAUGGCAGUGCCGUACCCUCCACCGAUGUCUGCAAUGCCAGAUCCCAUGACCUCAUACGUCCCUCUUCCCCCACCACCAUCAUACGUCUUUACCGAUAACUCACCUUUCACCUCACCACGAAGACAACGACGGUCACCAUCGCGAUCGACUUCUCCCCCUAUGUUGCCGACGAACGUGAGCCCUCGUCGCAAUCCACGAAGGUCGCCAACAAGGACCGUGACAGACUACACGCACAGCCGGAGGAAGUCGAUCCAUAAGUCGGGCCCUAUCAAGGAUCUCUCCAUACAGGAACCGCUCCCAUCACCUCGAGCCAGGUCCUCCUCGAGACCUCCUCGCACUCCCAAGGCGCCCAAGACACCUACCGGUGUGGUUGACUUUGUCAAUUUCACCCCUGCAGACUCGGCAAAGUUAAUGAACGACGUGGCGCCGAGUGGGAGUUCCAAGACCCGAGCCCGGAGAGAGAUGGAGGCAAAGGAAAAGAGAAAGAAACUUGGUGAAGCUGCAUUGAAAGCGGUGAGGGUUGCAGGUGGAGAUGUGGCUGUUUUCGAAAAGGCAAUUUUUACAUGAGAACAAGGGGAAAUCAAAGCUGAAAGUUGCAUUUAGGUAAGGAGAUGCUAUGAUGUACGAUAUUGCCAGUCGUGAUUUUUCUGUUGCAAAAAAGGUUGGCCUGCGUAUAGUAAGCAUUGUCGUAGGAUAUAAUAUGUCGAGCAAGAUGGUAUUUCUGUCUGUCCUGGUUACACAAUAUACCAAUAUUAUCAUCACCA